AGGCACAGGAUGGAGAGGCUGACAGACAGGCAGAGCCCAGAUAGACAGGGCUGCUGAAGGGGGCGGAGUUACACUCAUGUGGGCGUGGCUAGCAGCUGUCACUCACUGUUGGUUCCUACGGCGAGUGGGCGGUUCUAAAGUGCGGGACGUCCAAUAGGCGCCGCCGCUGCUUGUGUCGCCAUGGUGACGGGGCUGUGCCAGGGAGGUUGUGAUGGGUUGACAGGUGCGUGACAAUCGGGGCUCUCUGCAAGCAUGUACGCCAAAGGCAAGAGCAGCAGCGUGCCGUCCGACAGCCAAGCCAGAGAAAAGUUAGCGCUGUAUGUGUACGAGUAUUUGCUGCACGUGGGAGCUCAGAAGUCCGCACAGACCUUCUUAUCAGAGAUCCGAUGGGAGAAAAAUAUCACAUUAGGGGAGCCUCCGGGGUUCCUUCACUCGUGGUGGUGUGUGUUUUGGGACCUGUACUGUGCCGCUCCAGAGAGAAGAGACACCUGCGAACACUCGAGCGAGGCCAAGGCUUUCCAUGACUAUAGCGCUGCAGCCGCCCCCAGCCCUGUCCUCGGCAGUCUGCCCCCAGGAGAGGGCAUGCCAGUGGGCCCUGUGCCACCGGGAUUCUUUCAGCCCUUUAUGUCACCACGUUAUGCCGGAGGACCCAGACCGCCGCUCAGAUUACCCAGUCAGGCGCUGGGAGGGGUCCCUGGCGGCCAGCCAAUGCUACCAAGUGGAAUGGACCCAACAAGACAACCAGGACAUCCAAAUAUGGGUGGCCCAAUGCAGAGGAUGACUCCGCCCAGAGGCAUGGUCCCUCUGGGGCCACAGGUAAAAGACCUCAUGCUCGAUAACUACGGCAGUGGCAUGAGACCACCUCUCAACGCUCUGGUCGGGCCGGGUAUGCCGGGUAUGAACAUGGGACCUGGGGUGGGGAGACCAUGGCCAAAUCCUUCAAACGCCAACUCUACACCUUAUUCGUCAGCAUCCCCUGGGAGUUAUGUGGGACCACCAGGAGGGGGCGGCCCACCAGGAACACCCAUAAUGCCCAGUCCAGCAGAUUCAACAAACUCUGGGGAUAACAUGUACACAUUGAUAAACACAGCUCCAUCUAGUGGAGGCCGAACAAAUUUUCCGAUGGGAGCUGGAGGUGAGGGACCUUUGAGCGGCAUGGCAGGAAUGGAGUCUCAUCACAUCAAUGGUUCAUUAGGCUCUGGUGAUAUGGACAGUUUGCCCAAGAACUCUCCUGGUAACCUGAGUAUGAGCAACCAACCAGGAACUCCCAGAGAGGAAGGAGAGAUGGGCGGGAAUUUCCUUAACCCUUUUCAAAGCGAGAGUUACUCUCCAAAUAUGACAAUGAGUGUGUGAGGAUCUGAUGAAGGAGUCUUGGGAUGGGAGCAGUGCAGAGACCAGAUGUCAUUUAGACCAGAGUCCACAGCACAUACUGAGCUUCAUCUUCCUCUGGACUAUAGACACUGUCCCCAUCAUGUGUACGACACGUCAGGUCCAAUACAGAGACAGUACCCAGGAGCCACAUGGAACCAAAAGGAACCCAAUGAGAGUGAAGGGGCUCUUUGUAUAUUUCUAUUCAGUGUGUAUGUGACUGUUGAUACACAAUUCAGGCAUUUUUUUAUAACUUUGCCAAGUUCAAGUCACUAACAUAUUCUGCAUCCUCAUGUUUGUCUAUAAUACUGGGAACAUUCAGCUUCAUGUUGAUAUGUUAUUGUGGAUUCUGGCUUAUUUGUGUGACAAUAACAACACGGAGACGUUAAACAAAGGGAAUGUUAGUUACUUUUAAAGGUGCUCCGUGUAACUUUGCUCCACCUGCUUGUCUCCGUGGAUUUUUUGUCUUAAAUUUUCCCCGAUUUUUCCACAGAAUGGCGUUAAACUUAUUUAUUUUAUUGCUCAAAAUUACCUUGAAAAGCAUUUUACUGUGAGCGACGUCAUCUCUGGUCGACCUGGUGAUGUGACCUUCUUGUUUUAAUAGUAAUAUAUAAGUUUAAUGCUAUACUGUGAAACAUUCCAGGCGAAACAAUAACACAUCCACGGAGAAAAAGCUGGUGGUAGACCUGCCUCUAAAAAAAGUUACAUAGUGCACCUUAAAACAGCUUUUGUUGGUUGUAUGGUUGUUUUUUGAGCGAAAUGUCUAAAUUGAAACCCCACAAACUCCAAUCUACUGUCCAAACUGCUGUGCUACAAGUAUUGACAAUUAUAAUUCACUGGAGGCCUAUGAUGCCAGUAUUUAUCUACUAUCAAAUCUCACUUGUUGCAUUUGACAUAACAUGGGCAAAAAACUGUAAAGCUGUAAAGGAGAAUUUGAUGUAUUUAUUGCAACUGUGAACUUGCCAUAUGAAGAUUUUGGUUUGUAAAAACUAUUUCAUGGCAUUUUUAAUAUGUUGUUUGGUUUUGUUUUUUUCUACUAUCCUGGAUGUGACAUGUUUGUGUACAUAGGGUCAGCAUAAUCCCUCCCGCAAAGUGUACAGCUCACAAAUGUAGCUCUUUUGUCUCUGAUGUGUAUUUGAUAUUAUUAUUUAAAGAUAAACAAAGACAGACAUGGGCCAUUCUCAACAGCUCUUUUUUUUCUUUACAUUUCAAGCCAUAAAGGAUGCAGUUGUAAAUAGUGUUAUGUUUCUUUAGUGUUUAUGUGGAACUGCAUUUGUGAUGUGUUCAGUUUCCCUUUUUUAUUCUUGUAUUAUGUUUUUUUUUGUAAAUACACACAGUACUUCAUGGGUUCUGAAUAUGCUGGUAUAAAGUUUCUUUUCCCUUAAGUGUAUGUGC